CACCCCUCCUGGUAAGCAUCAUUGAGACAAGGUUUAAAUUUAGGGCUUAAAUUUCACACAAAGAAGAAUCAGAGCAAGCUUGAUAUGAUCCGGAUGAGUGCAAUGGUCAAUCCUUCCGAGUAUAAUAGCUUUGAGAGUAUUAAAUCAAGGAAUAAGCGAGCUAGAGCUGUCAAAGAGAGACAGAAAAUUAAGGACCAGAUGCAAUCGCUCACAGCUGAUCCUCAUUUAUAUUCAAACUUUGAUGAUACUUGGCUGAAUAAUUCAAAAAUUCGGAAUACUAUGGGGCUCCAAAAUGUCUGGGAUGCUUUAUCUAAAUAAGGAAGUCCAUAAGCCAUAUACAUUCACUGAGUAUCGAGAAGACAACCAUUUAGUACCAACUGUAACUGAUAUGCCAAAUACUAGCUAUUAUGAAACGACAAAUGAAGUUAACCAAGCUGUAGGAAUGACAGAAAAUCCCAUGAGUCCUCAAUCUAAAGAGAGGAAAACUGUGAGAUUUGGAGAUCAACUCUAAACCCAAUUGGGAAGAAAUCCUUGUUUGCUAAUUCAACAUUAUUCUCAUCAAAAUCGACCCCAGCUAUGAUGAAGGAGCAAAUGUCAAGAUAUGACCAAGAUAGUUUUGGUGAUACAUUAGAUCGAGAAACUAUGAAGCAUACUCUAUUAAACAGCCGAAGAGAUAACUUCAGUCCUGAGCCACACCAAGAGAUCAAGCAAAUAGAGCAAAGUAUCGAAGGAGAAUAUGAUCCCUACGAGCCUGAACCCUUGACUGUUACAUACGGAAUGGGGCCCAAAACAUCUAUUAUUCUACAACUCUAUGAAGACUGAAUCAUCAGAUUUGAUACAGUAAACCAAACAUUUUCAGAUUUUCCUCUCAACGGAGUUCUUGGUACCAUUUCGCCUGCUUAUUCUCAAGUCAAUGAAAAUGAAUUAGUUAUGACUGGAGGAAUUGAAAAAUAUAGAACUAACAGGAUCAGUCCUCGGACAAUGCUUUAUAAUGUAAGAACGUGUAAACUUUUCCGACUUAAAGACAUGCUUACCCCAAGAAAGGGCCACACUAUGGUCACAGUUGAUUAUUACUGUUACUGCAUGGGAGGCUCCACAGAGAAAUAGCCAAUACACUGCUAUAGUUGAAAGGCUAAAUCUACUAGUUCAUGAAUGGGAAUCUCUCAAUAGCCUUUGAUAUCCACGGGCGACACCAAAGGCGGUAGUCUCUAAUAAAUAUAAAAGGAUUUAUAUCUUUGGAGGAUGUAAGCUUCAAAAAGACAACUAUUUCGUCGAAGAAUUUGACAUUAACAAUAUCAGGGAUAUUGAUUUCAAAGAAAAGCCUUCGAAGCUUGAUUUUGAAGUAAACAAUGAGAACAAGUCUUUCUGUAAAAUUAUGGAGAGUACACUAUACAACCCAUUUGACUCCACCAAGGACCAUGUGGUCCUAGUGGAUGACAAUGUCUUCUUCUCAGCAGAAGAAGAUAUGUAUCAAUACGAUAUCACCACAAUGAGUCUUCCUAGUACAAAAUUUGAGGAGGGUUCCUCUUGGGUUACCGAAAAUGAGAAGAUCUUUGUGUUUCAAUAUGAAAAUCUUCUGCAUCCUUUUCCUCUAAUCUACACACUGAAUAUAAAGAAGGAUGUGAUUAAAGAGAUUGACUACAACAAAUUAUCAUCUGAAGCUUGUUCGUAUCACAAGAAAGCUAUGGUUUAUGAUAAAUACUCUAGCUCAAUAUAUGCCUUUAGCGAGCUUGAGCCUGAAAAUUAUGACUAUUUGGAUCUAAACCUUUUUCCUCUUGCCUGGUUAACUACUAAAUUCCAGUAUUUAUAA